UUUGUCGGCCGCCCUAAGUGCCGCUUCGGCCGCUUUGGUCGACUCCCGUCGCGUCCCAGCGAGCAGCGAGCGAACAACCCCGCACUCGAAGGCGGUUUCUGUGGUGGCUCUUUCGCCCGCGCGGUUCUUUGGCUCCUCUCCCCCCCCCCGCGCCGGGAGACAGUGGUAUCGUCCGCCAUAACCUUGGUGAGAGGCAGGCGAGAGAGGCUAGUGCGCGUCGCACCGGCGGCAACAUGGCGGAGACCGAACGGUCGCUCUGCGAGUACCGGGAGAAGCACGGCGGUGAGAGGGACGGCGAGGGCUUGAAAGCGACGCCGCCGUUGCGGGGACGCGGCUGUGGAAGGAAACGGAAAGGAACACCGGUCAAAGUCUUUGUGACGGCAGCUGAGGAGGAGAACAACCCUGAGCUCACAUUCUGCAGAGGUGAUCGCAAGGAAGCAGCAGAGGGUAAGCGUGCCACACCGGACGGGCCUCUCAGCGCCACCCAACCCUCUCCCGGCAACUGCACCACACCUGAGAAGGGCCAGGACAAAUUCCCCAGCACGUCCAAAGCCAGCAGCUCCAGCUCAGCUUCCACCCCGGCAACCUCCUCGGCUCGAACCCCGACACCGGUCCCCGCCCCGGCCACCAACCCGGCCACCUCGGCCCAAGGGGCCCCUUCCGUGACCCCGGCGUUUACCGCACCGGCGGCCCCGGUAGCUUCGGCUACCGCCCCGGCCAGCAGCUCCUUCCCACCUUCCCCCAACUGUCGCAUCAGAGAGGUUCACUGCGGCAGCCAGGUGCGGCUGGUGGUCAUCGCCAUCCGAGACAUCACCAAGGGGGAGGAGAUCACUGUGGACUACAGCCUGACCGAGUGGGGCGAGAACCUGGGUUUCCGUGGCUCCAUGUCUGCAGCACAACAGGAAUGUAACUCAGAGAGUAACAACUCAAGAAAGGAGGAGGAGCCAGUGUCGCUGACCCCCCAGCGACAUCAGCGACAGAAGCCACGAGCACAUCAAGACUUUGUCACCCCGUCUUGGUCCCUCUCGCCCUCCUCCUCUCCCAUCUCCCACUCCGACGCCAGCGAGUCGGACGCCGCGGACGAGGACAACGCCAGCCCCCGCGGGCGCACGCCACGACGCCGUAGGAGGCGGCGCGGCACCCCUUCGAAGAAAAAGACCCCCAACCGGACACCGCCCGCCUCCUCCAGCCAUCCUCUCCCUUCAUCCCAGCCUCCAUCUUCUCCCCCGAGCUCCGCCUCCACCAAACCUGUGUUCAAAGCUCCUGCUCUACUCGACUCAGGCAGCGUGAGCACAAACGGCCAAAAAGGAGGCGUGUCCAUAGACGCCAUGCGCCAAAGCUGCGACUACUGCGGACGGCACUUCCGCUCCUUGGGCCGCCAUUUGGACAAACACCACUCGCACCAGCCGGACGUGUGCUCCGCCCUUGUCGAGCGCUACACGCAGAUGCACAACGCGAGUCCCGCCCCCGCGCACACUCAACAACACCCGGCUGCGUCAGAAGCGGACCCCAUGGAGCGGAGUGGCGUUCAGGACCUCUCCUUGUCCCCGCCUCCUGCCGCCACAGCCAAACAAUCAAGCUGCGCCUCCCCCUCACUCACGCCACCGCCAGGGCAGAGCGCCGUGCCCGUGUCGGUCCUGAAGAGGAGCCCGCCCCCAGUGGCCGCGACCCCGAGCAAGAAGGGAGGAGCCAAAAGGCUGAAGAGAGAACGGCAGGAGGGGGAGGAGGAUGAAGAGGUGGUGGAGGUGGUGGAGGUGAAGAGGAGCAAAGAGGAGGAUGAGGAGUGUGCCCAGUCUUUCAGAAGUAAAGGGAAAGAGGAGGAGGAGGAGGAGGAGGAGGUGGAUGAUGAGAGUGGCACGGAGGAGAAGGACAAAGACUCUCUCAGUUCCGGCCGUCACCAGAUGCUGCCUCUCCUGUCGUCGUUAUCUUCCCUGGUUCUGUACCUCCGACGGCUGCAGCACUCGGCCUUCCUGUCACUGUCUCGCCAGCUGCAGUCGGCCGAGGCCUGGCGCCUCCUCUGCCACUCCAGCCUGGCGCUGCUCAUCCUGUACAACCGGCGGCGCGAGUGCGAAGUCUCCAAGCUGUCCAUUACCGAGUACAGGGCCCGCGUCACCCCGCAGUGCCCCGUCCCCGUCCCGCCCGGCUCGCCUCCGGCGCUGACCCCGCUGGAGGCCUCUUUGUCUCCCUUCGAGCGGCUGGUGCUGCCCCACCUCCCGCGAGUGGGCGUGCAGGGCAAGCGCGGGCGCAUCCAGCCCCUCAUCCUCCCGCCGCACUGCGAGCCCUGCCUGGAGCUCCUGCUGCAGACGCGGCAGGACGUGGGCGUGGACCCGGCCAACCAGUACGUCUUCGCCAGGCCGUACCACUCCCCCGCCACGCCCCUGCGAGGCACCGACCUCCUCCGCAGCUUGGCACGCUCCAGCGGCACCCGCAAUCCCAGAGCCCUCACCCAGACGAGGGUUCGACGCCAAGUCGCCAUCCUGACCCAACUGUUGCUCCUGGGAGAGGGAGAGGAGCCGGGCCAGCCGGAGGGCAGCGCGGUGGAGAGGCUGGAACACUUCCUGGAAAGGGAGUACCACGUGACGCAGAACUGUGCCGACAUUGGCCAGGAUCCAGGCCUGAUGGGCAGCGUGGGCAGAGUGGUGCUGUGCGGCGAGAGAGACGGAGUCUUGUUCAGAGGGAUGAGCCUGAACCACAUCUGCUUGGAACUGGAUGUCAUGUCAGGAAACUCUGCCGACUCUUAUUCCGAGGGAGAGUCUGAAGGGGAGCAGAAGGAGAAGCCAGAGCCGCCCGCCCUCUCCCCCUCCCCCAAACCCGCCCCCACCCUGCUGUACGUCAGGAAGGGCAAGAACAAUGGCCGAGUGGGACGACCCAAGAAGCUGAAGAACAGCCAAGCGCCUCCCCACUGUGCCACGCCCACUCCUCCACCACUUCCUGUCAACCGAAGGAGGGGUUCAGGUAAGCGCGGCGUGUUGAAGCGUCCGUGGUCGGAGGCGGAGAGAGCGGCGGUGGAGGAGCACCUGACCCGGAACAUCAACGAGCUGCGCGUGCCGGCCAAGGCGGACUGCGAGCGCUGCCUGCAGCAGUGCCCCCUGCUGGUCAGCAACCAGCGCGACUGGCGGGCCAUCAAGUUCUACUGCCACAACCGCAUCCAGCUGCUGAAGAAGAACCAGCGGCGCGAGAGCGAGCUGCAGCCCCUCGCCGUGUGUUGAGGGCGGGGCCUCGCGCUCUGAUGAACGGUACUAAAUGUCACUUUGUCGUGAUGGCAUCUUAGUAGAUGUCUUAAGUCUAAGAUGGUGUUCAAGUCCCAAGACCUUUCAACAACAGACCACCAAAAAAAUACAGCUUUGUCAUUUUUGGUGGUCUGAGUUUAUAGCGUUCAGCGUGCGCCAUGUUGUAUAUGGACCAUGUUUUAAACCACACAGUGUUGUACCAACAUUAAGAAGUAGCUUUAGUACUAGAGACCUGGCAAAGACUACUCCCACUUUCUUUCCCUAGACCACUUCUUCUAUUCAGCCACUGGACCUCCAUUUUAGGGGAACUGCACUUUAUUUUGGAGUCAUUCACAAUCCUCUAGUAAGACAUGUUGCUUCUUUUUUUUUUUUUUUCAUGCAUUCUAACUCGUAAAUAAACUCUAGCAGAAGGCAGCUAACAAUAGCGCCAAUGCUUGUCGUUCUGUUGCACCCAUAGAGCUCUCUAAAAAACAUCCAAGUAUAUAUGUAGUGAUUAUAUAUUUCAUGUAGUAACAUUCAUAAUACCAUGUAAUAUAGUAUAUAUGUAGUAUCUAGUAACAUUCAUAAUAACAUGUAAUAUAUACAUGAUGUAAGUAUAUAUGUAGUAUAUAGUAACAUUCAUAAUAACAUGUAAUAUAUGCAUGAUGUAAGUAUAUAUGUCAUGUAGUAACAUUCAUAAUAACAUGUAAUAUAGUAAAUAUGUAGUAUCUAGUAACAUUCAUAAUAACAUGUAAUAUAUACAUGACGUAAGUAUAUAUGUCAUGUAGUAACAUUCAUAAUAACAUGUAAUAUAUACAUGAUGUAAGUAUAUAUGUAGUAUCUAGUAACAUUCAUAAUAACAUGUAAUAUAUACAUGAUGUAAGUAUAUAUGUAGUAUCUAGUAACAUUCAUAAUAACAUGUAAUAUAUACAUGAUGUAAGUAUAUAUGUAGUAUCUAGUAACAUUCAUAAUAACAUGUAAUAUAUACAUGAUGUAAGUAUAUAUGUCAUGUAGUAACAUUCAUAAUAACAUGUAAUAUAUACAUGACAUAAGUAUAUAUGUAGUAUCUAGUAACAUUCAUAAUAACAUGUAAUAUAUACAUGACGUAAGUAUAUAUGUCAUGUAGUAACAUUUGUAGGUGUAAACAUACACAUAUAGGUCAAAAUCUAGCAUAAAACCAUAGGAGAUGGCACCAAGUAUCAAAAAUCAUGAUUUUUGGGUCCAAACACAACAUUUGCUUAAAAGCUAGUAUAAAAUGUAGUACUUGGUUAAUAUUCAUGUCGGGACAUGUAAGUAAAGAUUUAACUGAUGGCUCUUUUUCAAUGUUUUUUUAGAGGUCUUUAUGGGCGCGAUAGCCUAUUAGCUGCAUUGUUUACCACCUCAUACUUGCCGUAUUUUACCAAUUCAAAUUAAUAUGAAAAAACCAAACAUUUGUGUUGUUGUUUUACAUAAGAAGGACUGAGAAUGACGGGCAGAAUAGAAACUAAGUGCAGUUCCUCUUUAAGGGUCGUAAAAGUACUUGGAAGAAUCACUCAGCUCCUAUUUUAGAGUUUUGUUGGUGUCUUUCCUUCAAGAGAACAUCACUGUCCAAAGACUUGUAGAUAGUCCAGAUGUCAUCAGAUAGUCCAGAUGUCAUCAGAGCCUUUUAGGUGUUAGACUAGUGGACCUAAUAUGGGACGGAACAUUUUAAGAGUGGAUGUUACCAAGGUUAAAAAGUGGAUGUCAACAAGGUUAAAAAGUGGAUGUUACCAAGGUUAAAAAGUGGAUGUUACCAAGGUUAAAAAGUGUGUGUUACCAAGGUUAAAAAGUGGAUGUCACCAAGGUUAAAAAGUGGAUGUUACCAAGGUUAAAAAGUGGUUGUCACCAAGGUUAAAAAGUGGAUGUUACCAAGGUUAAAAAGUGGGUGUUACCAAGGUUAAAAAGUGGUUGUCACCAAGGUUAAAAAGUGGAUGUUACCAAGGUUAAAAAGUGUGUGUUACCAAGGUUAAAAAGUGGUUGUCACCAAGGUUAAAAAGUGGAUGUUACCAAGGUUAAAGUGUGUGAUACCAAGGUUAAAAAGUGGAUGUCACCAAGGUUAAAAAGUGGAUGUUACCAAGGUUAAAAAGUGGUUGUCACCAAGGUUAAAAAGUGUGUGUUACCAAGGUUAAAAAGUGGUUGUCACCAAGGUUAAAAAGUGGAUGUUACCAAGGUUAAAAAGUGGAUGUUACCAAGGUUAAAAAGUGGAUGUCACCAAGGUUAAAAAGUGGAUGUUACCAAGGUUAAAAAGUGGAUGUUACCAACGUUAAAAAGUGGAUGUUACCAAGGUUAAAAAGUGGAUGUUACCAAGGUUAAAAAGUGGGUGUUACCAAGGUUAAAAAGUGGAUGUCACCAAGGUUAAAAAGUGGAUGUUACCAAGGUUAAAAAGUGUGUGAUACCAAGGUUAAAAAGUGGAUGUUACCAAGGUUAAAAAGUGGAUGUCAACAAGGUUAAAAAGUGGAUGUUACCAAGGUUAAAAAGUGGAUGUUACCAAGGUUAAAAAGUGGAUGUUACCAAGGUUAAAAAGUGGGUGUUACCAAGGUUAAAAAGUGGAUGUCACCAAGGUUAAAAAGUGGAUGUUACCAAGGUUAAAAAGUGGAUGUCAACAAGGUUAAAAAGUGGAUGUUACCAAGGUUAAAAAGUGGAUGUUACCAAGGUUAAAAAGUGGAUGUCACCAAGGUUAAAAAGUGUGUGUCACCAAGGUUAAAAAGUGGAUGUUACCAAGGUUAAAAAGUGGGUGUUACCAAGGUUAAAAAGUGGAUGUCAACAAGGUUAAAAAGUGGAUGUUACCAAGGUUAAAAAGUGGAUGUCACCAAGGUUAAAAAGUGGGUGUUACCAAGGUUAAAAAGUGGAUGUUACCAAGGUUAAAAAGUGGAUGUCACCGAGGUUAAAAAGUGGAUGUUACCAAGGUUAAAAAGUGGAUGUUACCAAGGUUAAAAAGUGGAUGUUACCAAGGUUAAAAAGUGGUUGUCACCAAGGUUAAAAAGUGGAUGUUACCAAGGUUAAAAAGUGGUUGUCACCAAGGUUAAAAAGUGUGUGUUACCAAGGUUAAAAAGUGGUUGUCACCAAGGUUAAAAAGUGGAUGUUACCAAGGUUAAAAAGUGUGUGAUACCAAGGUUAAAAAGUGGAUGUCACCAAGGUUAAAAAGUGGAUGUUACCAAGGUUAAAAAGUGGAUGUCACCAAGGUUAAAAAGUGGAUGUUACCAAGGUUAAAAAGUGUGUGUUACCAAGGUUAAAAAGUGGAUGUCACCAAGGUUAAAAAGUGGAUGUUACCAAGGUUAAAAAGUGGAUGUUACCAAGGUUAAAAAGUGGUUGUCACCAAGGUUAAAAAGUGGAUGUUACCAAGGUUAAAAAGUGGGUGUUACCAAGGUUAAAAAGUGGUUGUCACCAAGGUUAAAAAGUGGGUGUUACCAAGGUUAAAAAGUGGAUGUUACCAAGGUUAAAAAGUGGAUGUUACCAAGGUUAAAAAGUGGGUGUUACCAAGGUUAAAAAGUGGAUGUUACCAAGGUUAAAAAGUGGGUGUUACCAAGGUUAAAAGUGGUUGUCACCAAGGUUAAAAAGUGGAUGUUACCAAGGUUAAAAAGUGGUUGUCACCAAGGUUAAAAAGUGGAUGUUACCAAGGUUAAAAAGUGUGUGAUACCAAGGUUAAAAAGUGGAUGUCACCAAGGUUAAAAAGUGGGUGUUACCAAGGUUAAAAAGUGGAUGUUACCAAGGUUAAAAAGUGGGUGUUACCAAGGUUAAAAAGUGGAUGUUACCAAGGUUAAAAAGUGGUUGUCACCAAGGUUAAAAAGUGGAUGUUACCAAGGUUAAAAAGUGGUUGUCACCAAGGUUAAAAAGUGGAUGUUACCAGGGUUAAAAAGUGGUUGUCACCAAGGUUAAAAAGUGUGUGUCACCAAGGUUAAAAAGUGGUUGUCACCAAGGUUAAAAAGUGGAUGUUACCAAGGUUAAAAAGUGUGUGAUACCAAGGUUAAAAAGUGGAUGUCACCAAGGUUAAAAAGUGGAUGUUACCAAGGUUAAAAAGUGGAUGUUACCAAGGUUAAAAAGUGGGUGUUACCAAGGUUAAAAAGUGGUUGUCACCAAGGUUAAAAAGUGGAUGUUACCAAGGUUAAAAAGUGGGUGUUACCAAGGUUAAAAAGUGGGUGAUACCAAGGUUAAAAAGUGGAUGUUACCAAGGUUAAAAAGUGUGUGAUACCAAGGUUAAAAAGUGGAUGUCACCAAGGUUAAAAAGUGGAUGUUACCAAGGUUAAAAAGUGGUUGUCACCAAGGUUAAAAAGUGGGUGUUACCAAGGUUAAAAAGUGGUUGUCACCAAGGUUAAAAAGUGGAUGUUACCAAGGUUAAAAAGUGUGUGUCACCAAGGUUAAAAAGUUGAUGUCACCAUUGGUGACAUUUUUAACCUUGGUAACAUCCACUUGUUAACCUUGGUGAGUCACAAAGGUUAACAAGUGGAUGUUACCAAGGUUAAAAAGUGGAUUUCCCAAAGGUUAAAAAGGUUCCUUCAAAGGUGUGUCCUGAGUUCCAAUUUGGAGUGCUUUGUGGCCAGGGAGUGAGUGGAGUGGAGUGUGUGCUAGUUCCGUUGUAAAUAAGAAAUGUACGACACUAGAAAAGGGUGUAGCCUUCUCGUCUGUACAUACGUCGUGUUGUGUAAAUACUUCUUGGAGAAACCCCAUGUCUGGCUUGCCUCGGUUAGUGUUCUGUUUUUCUCUUCUUUUUUUUUUUUUUUACAAGUCCUAUAAAACUUUCAAGUGUGA